AUGGCAGGGAGUGAAGACGAUCCCAGGGCCAGGGACUCGAAGGUCGCAGGCGCCAUCAUGGUCUGCGAUCGCGUUGGGCUUUCUAUGGAGACGGCACUGUUGCAGCUUUGGCAGCUGCCCAUGACGGAUCGGUUGCUUGAGGAGCACCUGAAACUGUGGACAUCCGCGCUCGUCAUGUUCGGCACAUUCUUCGAGAACGGGUGGACCCUCUGGGAUGCCAAACCUGACAACUACGGCAUGGACGAGGGAAACUACGAGCGGUUGCAGUUCUUGGACGUCGCGGCCCUAGAGAACAGAAGUGAACAAACGACCCGCCAAGAUGGCCAGCUGCUGUACAAGAUCAUGCAGCGCUUUUGCAAGGCAACAGUCGACCUGCUGGGAAAGGGAGGCACUCAUGAAACGUGGCGGCAAUGGCUGGUGCCGCUUUUCGAGAACAUGAUCGACGAAAAGAUAAUGCGUGCAUUUGCAGAGCACAUGUUCAGGCUUCUCGGCAGAAAGAGCUGGCUGCUCGUGCUCGUUGCUUUGCGGUUGAUCGUAUGUCCUGAUCGCGAGGAUUUCGACGUCUCCCGCAUCUUCGUUUGCCGACAGGUGUUCUGGGGAUUGUGGCUGGAAACAGGAGCUAGUGCACAAGACCUCACGGCCAGGAGCCAGCCGACGGGGGAGUCCGAGCCUGCGAAGAAGUCCGGGCCUCAAGUCACGACGGUGGCGGUCGGCGUCUCCUUGUUGGAUUCCGAGCUUAGGCCAAGCAAAAGAAAUCUGACGGCCAGGAACGAGCCGUGCAAGGAGUCGGAGCCUGCCAAGAAGUCCGGACCUCAAGUCGAGACGAUGGCGGCCAGUCCUUGGAACGAGCCGUCGAAGGAGUCGGAGCCUGCCGAGAAGUCCGGACCUCAGGUCACGACGAUGGCGGCCGGUGGUUGGCUCCCGCCAGCAACUGUGCAGACGUGCGUGAAGGCCAGGAACGAGCCGUGGAAAGAGUCGCCGCGGGAAGAGACGGAGCCUGCCAAGAAGUCCGGACCUCAGGUCACGACGAUGGCGGCCAGUGGUUGGCUCCUGCCAGCAACUGUGCAGACGUGCGUGAAGGCCAGGAAGGAGCCGCGGAAAGAGUCGUCGCGGGAAGAGUCGGAGCCUGCCGAGAAGUCCGGAUCUCAGGCCACGACGAUGGCGGCCAGUGGUUGGCUCCUGCCAGCAACUGUGCAGAGGACCCUGCAUGCGUCCUCGUGCUUGCUUUUCACGGGCGUGCAACGGGGCUCCUGCCCGCGACCCAAGGUGCGUGAAGGCCAGGAAGUAGACGUGGAAAGAGUCGCCGCGGGAAGAGUCGGAGCCUGCCGAGAAGUCCGGUUCUCGAGUCACGAGGCGGGCCUCGGGUGCGGUGUCUUGCUGGCCGCUGAGCUCAGGCAACGCAUGGAUGCAUCGCGAGAAUUAAGCGAAUGGGGACCCACCGUGUGCGUGGGGUUGCUUGGUCGCAGUGCACUGGUGAUGUUCCAGAUGCUGCCCAAGGAAGAAGGCGAUACUGCGAUAGAGCUCUUGUGCAACGUGAAGGAGAAGGACGUCGAGGUGAUUGAAUCGGUUCAACACGUGCAAGCGCACGUUUUGGCGGCGACACCACGGGAUGUCUCUCACAUGCUUAAGGAGGGCGAGCGCAAGCACGGGCUUCUUCGGGUUGAGCUUGUCUGCAGUACCGCAUGGACGCCCACCGACAAAUAUGCGGAGCGUCACAGAGUGCGUCGGUGCAUGCAUGUCAACGCUUCCCUCGCGCGGGUCUACUGGGAUCAAAUGAAUCGGGACAGCUGGCCCAAGUCUUUGCAGGACUGGCACGAGAUUGUGGUUGGCAAGACUCAAAAGCGUGCAGAGGCACCUAAGUUGACGUUGGAAACCCUGGAGAAGGCGAUGAAGGACGUGACCGUCGUCGCUGACCAGAGGGGCUUUUACAACAAGCCUAUCCAUGAUCUAGACACACAUGGACGGGUCAAUCGAAAGACGACUAAACUGGACGAAAAGCCCCUCACGCGAGAAGAGCGCGAAGCCGAAGGGAUCACUUAUGGCGACCAGCAACCGAACAAGAGGAUGCGAGACAUUCCCAGCUACCGGCACAAGCCAUUGACGGCAUUGCUGCGGAACCUGCACCAACUUCUGCCGCUGGAGCGCUGCAACGAAACAGGGCAGCGACCGGCCGGAUGCAGGGAGCGGCCGGCGAGAACGAAGCCGCGAAAGCAAUCCAGCAAAACCGAUGGAGGCAUGUUCAAGUUUGCCCAGCAUGGCAUGGUUCUCCAGCUGAACGACUUCAUCGAGGAGAAGUGCUUUGUACAGCCGACAGCUGCUGCAGAGGAGCAGGACUUUGGCUUUGUGCCGGCCGAGCUGCACAAUGUGGCCAGGGGCCUUGUUGCUUUCCUGAGGGAAAUCCAAGCCGUGGCUGCACAAGCGACGUCCCUUGCAUUUACGCACAUGCGCUAUCUGAGUGCCUACGUGCGUUUGCAUCGAGCCACGUUUGCGCAGGAAAGUGUUGCCGCUGCCUCGCAGAUGUAG